GCGGAAGUGGUGGACAGAAUGCUUCCGGUGUUCAGCAAACUACCAGCCUGCGCGAGAAUGGUGCUGCUGCCGAUGCUGAACAACAUGACACUCGUGGCAGUCAAACUCCUGUUGGCCAAACGCAGUUGCUUCCGACACUUCCGAUAGUGAUAUUACUGUGCAAGACAAGUACAGACAGCAGUUUCGGCGAUGCCGGUCCUGGCGUUCAGCAACCUGAUAACAGCCAUACACCCCAUGGUGGUCAGGAUACUCCUAAUACUAAGGAUCUGCGCAACAAUAAACCUAUUAGUGCCACAGGACAGGAUGCAAAUGUUGAUAUGGUUAAGGGUGUUACCGGAGCAGAUGCUACUGUAGUGGACCGUGGGAUGGUCGUGACGGGUGCUUCAGUAGCGUGCACUGGCUUUGUUAUAACAGGUAGUGUAUUAAUAGAUGCUAGUAUAAAAGGGACAAAUGAGGUAAGAACCUUCACAAGGACAUACCCGUCCAGGCAUGCAAGAAGUCUGUCUGAGCUGUCGCUGUAUUUGGGUGAUUGUUUACUCAGCGAGAAUCAGUACAAGAAUGGGAAGCAUCACACUCCCAAAAAGGGCCACAAUGAUAUAGAUGAUGAGUGGCGCUCACAGGAGGAGAUUGACACAAUGGGUAAUGGUGCAGAAUGGCAAUUCCGCAGCGGGUUCGGCAGGAAGCAGCAUGAUUAUAGAAGGCCCAUCAUGCAGCAAGGCAACUGGGUUGACAAGAAAUGGAAUGAUUGGAUCGGUAAGAUGCCCUUUAAAUGGGACGGUGGAGGGCAACGCAAAUGGGAGGAGCGGGGAAAUUAUGGCAACCCUGAGGAUCUGCAGCUUGACUGGUCCGUCGAAGACAUAGAUAGGGGGCGGAGACCGCAGCGACGUUAUGGAGACUUUUCCGAACAAAGUUAUGGAGCGCGCGAAAUGCAAAACUCUGGUCCCCCUUACUCCAGCUGGAAGAAACAUACCCUGGAAAGAUAUCAAUCAAGGAUUCCACACAUUGACCCCCCUCAAGGCCUUCAGAGGAAUCUUACUUACGACCAAAUAUUGAACAUUCCGUACACAAAUCCCUUAUGGAUUAGUAAAAGAAAGGCAUUUAUUUCAUUUUUUUAUCACGUGAUGUAUUUAGAAAGGAAGUACUACGAUAUGGUGAACUAUCUAAACAGGUGGUUUUACAACCUAGCCGAAACGAAUAAUAUGCCUGAUGAGUACAAGUUAAAGUUGUGGGAAGAAUCCAAAAGGGAGCUUCUGUAUGACUUCGAAUGCAUCCGAAGGACAUGUGAAAAUUUAUUUCGCAAUUUUGUUAAUAGAAAGAGAGGAAAAUAUAUAUGGAGCAUACCAUUUGAGAAUCUGGUAGUUCGUUUGAACAAAUUAGCACAUGAAAGUGUUGUCCGAAACAAGGACAAAUGGGUUAACAUUUUGAGCGAAAGAGUAGAAAGCUAUACAGCGAGGACAAACAGGAGGCAUCUUACACAUCGCAGAUAA